AUGCUGAGUAAAGGUCUCACAGCUCUCGUCAUUGGGUCUUUGGCCUCUUGCAUCCAGGGAGCUCCUCUAAUCGGGACGUCCUUUGGGAUACCAGGAGACAAUGCGACCUAUGACUACGUUGUGAUCGGUGGUGGCAACGCUGGCCUAACGAUUGCCACUAGAUUGGUACAGCAGAACGCCGGAACAGUUGCAAUCAUUGAGGCCGGAACAUUCUAUGAGAUUAGCAACGGAAAUAUCAGCCAGAUUCCUGCUAAGGGUUCAUAUUUCUCUGGCAAGAACGCCAGUGACUAUCAACCCCAGAUCGAUUGGGGAUAUGCCACUACUCCGCAAAUUGGUGGCCUAAACCAGUCACUUCAUUAUGCUCGCGGCAAGACCUUGGGAGGUUGUACUGCUCGAAAUUUCAUGGUCUACCAACGUGGUACUGAAGGCUCUUACCAAAAUUGGGCGGAUGCCGUCGGAGACCAGAGCUAUGCCUGGCCAAACUUUUUCCCGUAUUUCAAAAAGAGCGUCAAUUUUACCGCUCCUCAAAUGAGCAUCCGGGCUGCCAACUCAACCCCUGAGUAUGACGCCGCCGCAGCUGGCGGCGACAUAGGGCCUCUUUCAGUGACGUAUCCAAACUACGCUCAAGCUUUCGGUAGUUGGGCUGUUGAGGGAUUCAAAGAAAUAGGGAUAUCUGUUAUCCAAGGUUUCUUGAGUGGCAAGCUCCUUGGUCAAUCCUGGUCUACGUUUACUUUGAAUGCCGACACAAUGCUUCGUGAUUCCUCUGAGACAUCAUUCCUUAGAGAAGGGCUUGAGUACGAUAAACUGAAAGUAUACCCCUUGCACCUAGCCAAAAAGAUUCUUUUUGAUAAAACCAAAAAGGCCACUGGCGUUCUCGUGGAGACUGAAGGUCACGAAUAUGUUCUCUCGGCUAACAAGGAGGUUAUUCUGAGCGCUGGAAUGAUUGGGUCCCCUCAGCUUCUUCUUGCCUCCGGAGUUGGCCCUGCACAUGCUCUGAAGUCACUGAAGAUUCCCGUUAUAGCUGACAGACCGGGUGUUGGUCAGGGCUUGCAAGACCACGCUUGGGUACAUAUCACAUACCGUGUCAAUGGAUUAACCAUUUCAUCUCUCCAAAACCCUGAAUUCGCUGCACAGGAGGCAAAACUCUUCAAUGAACAUGCUGAAGGGAUGUACACCAGUCCAAAUACUGACGUGUUGGCAUGGGAGAAGAUCCCCGAAGAGUUCCGGGCGCAGUGGAGCAGUGAGACGAAACGCGCUCUCGAUGCCUACCCCGCCGAUUGGCCCGAGGUUGAGUACAUCACCGUCCCUUCGUUCUUGGGUGAUCAACAGAACUCGAGAUCCCUCGGUCCCGAUGAUGGCUAUGACUAUGCCUCUCUAGCUUUCGUCCUGAUCACGCCGCGAUCUCGAGGAUCUAUCACCAUCACAUCGCCUGACACGAAGGUUGCUCCGCUGAUCAACCCUAAUUAUUUGACCGAACAAUCCGAUAUUGAUGUCUUGAUUGGAGCAUUCAAGCGCAUUCGUCAGUUCUGGGACACUCCAUCCAUGCAGAGUUUCGCUAUUGGUGACGAGUAUUGGCCCGGCAAAAACGUGACAUCCGAUGCUGAGAUUGAGCAUUUCAUACGCCAAAAUUUUAAUACCAUUUGGCAUGGAACUUCAACCUGCGCAAUGGGUCGUACUAAUGACACAAAUGCCGUUGUGGAUACAAAAACCAGAGUCAUUGGUGUCCGAGGCUUGCGGGUUGUUGAUGCAAGUGCUUUCCCACUUCUCCCUCCAGGACAUCCGAUGUCAACAGUUUAUGCCCUUGCUGAAAAGAUCGCUUGCGAUAUCUCUGGCAACUGCUGA